UCGAGUACAAAUUCAUGAGUGAGAGGUUCUGUCAGCGAACCGUUUGUGAUUCUCUGUCUAAUUUUACGGCGUCGUUUCUCCUCUUCUAAAAGUCUAAUCCCUCCCUCUACCUCCAGUCUUGUUGAGUCAGCAAAGCUUGAGAGAAAAGAGAAAGAAUGUCUAAGAAGAAAACUUUAUCAACUAUGUCCUUGAAGGACUUUCACGGCGGUUCCAUUCCCUCUGAUCUUCCUUUGCCAUCUGCACCUGGACUUGUGGUGAGCUCUGGUUCAGAGCGUAACAUGUCAACAAAUUGGGGAAACAAUCUGGUGAAAUCUGAUCUUCGUCCAAGACCCAAAUCAUCUGGUACAGCCCGUAAUUUUGGUGAGAAAGCAUCAUUUCUGUCUCACCCUGCACCCAUCGGUCAAAACUUCGAUGAGGAUGAACGCAAGCCCAUGAAUAGUGCAGUGGCUCCAAAUCGUGCAAUUAGAGAUGAUAGUGUUCGCAAUAUGCCCUCGAUUCAAUAUGAAAUGAAGCUAGACUAUGUGUCAUCUGUGAGGACAUCUGAUAGAUCAGUCUCAUCUCCGAGUUCAGUUACUAAUUCAUCUCCACUGAGAGUGGGAGGAGGGAAUCAUUUCACAGUAAAUUCACCGACUCCAAUUAGCAAUAGUGGUCAGGGUAUUAAUAAUUUGAACUUUCCAAGUACUAAUAAUGAUCUAGGAGUUAACAAUUCUCAACCAAAUGCUUGGGGUGUGAGAAAGGAUCUCAUGGCUGUUGAAGAAAUAGUGAAGCCAUCUGUACUGAAUGGACCUGAUGCUUUAUCAAAAAUUGCUCAAGCCAGUGCACUUGAGAAAGUUUCUUCUGGAAUGUGGCAGUCUAAGAAACCUGGCCAACUUCUGCCACAUUUACUUAAUUCAAGCGACAAUAACAAUAAUGUGUCUGGUGUUGUGGAUGUAAUUAGUGAGAGGGCCAAGAAUGGUACUUCACAGGGAAGUCAAGUUGUGGCAGGUCAGAUAGUUGAAGAUGGAACUAAGGGUGGGUUAAGGGAAUUGCCCAAAACUUAUAUACAAGAGGUUCGGACUGGAGCUACUAGUGGGGAGUCUUUGUUGUCAGCAGCUCCACCCCUAGAAAAAUCAGAUAGGCCUAAGUUAAAGCUACUUCCAAGAUCUGGACCUCUGGAUGCAUCAGCAUACAAUUAUAGACAGGGUUAUCAGCAGCCAGCACUCACCAGCAAGGUUGAAUCUUUCAAUGAACCGUACAGAAAUUCAGAUUCUCCAAAACCCGGUUCGACUGUUGCUGAUGGGGGAAGUCUAAUGAUUGAGAGACCCAAAUUGAAUUUGAAGCCUCGUUCACAGCCUCUUGACCAAUCUGAUGAAAGAUUUGAAAAAGAAAGGCAAAUAGUAUUCGGUGGUGCUCGUCCACGGGAAUUGGUUCUCAAGGAGCGAGGCAUAGAUGAGACUGCUAGUGGUAACCUUGACCUGGGUCCUGCGCUUAACCGAGUUGACUCUCUGAGGAAUGAAGCAACAUCAGAGAGAUUGAUUUCCUCCACUCAACGCAAUCCAAAUACUGAGAAUCAUGUUCAUGAAAAGAGGACAGAGAGGAAUUUGGAUAGGAAAGAACAACAGACAGGACGAGAGAAAAAUGAUAAUCAAGGAAGGAACCGAAGAAUUGAGAGCAGGUGGGGUAGUAGGGACACUGAUCAGCAGCAACGAGAUCUAAAACCUGUACCUGAGACUUGGCGGAAGACUGUUGAAGAACCAAAACUGUCUUCAGAUGAUGCUUCAGGAAUCAACCAUGGGAAAGUAGUUUCUGCAUUGGAUCUUGCCCAAGCAUUCUCAAAGUCAGUCUCUGAUCCCAAAACACAUGAAGGACAUUCUACUCAAAGAGGGCUACCUGGGCAUAAUAACCAGACACCCUUUUCACGCCUGACAGAUACCCGAGAACUUAAGUCAGCUCCGACGGCAAGGCAUCACAUAAGUGGUUAUUGAUUUGAAAAUGUGGUCAUGGAUGAUUGUGUGUUUUGAUUUAUGCUUGUCAGUGGAGAUUCAAGCAUCAGUAGGGCUCAUAAAUAAAAGCAUCCUUUAGCAGGAUCAAGUCUCCCCAGCAGUGCCUCAGAACUGUACAAUAGUAAAUUCAUUAAUUAUUAUGAAUAGUAUUAUGACUCGGAUGAAGUGCUUUGUGUAAGAGAUGGCUUAAUGUUCGUUUUUAUGUAUCUCAAAUUUUCUAUUCUUUUA